AUGGAAAUGGACGGAAUUUGCAACGAAGUAGCAAAUGCGGUGAAUGCCGCAUUAAAUCGCUUAGGGAAGAAGCAGAUCGAUGAUGACGAUAAUCUUUCCGAACCGAACAGUACAUUAGACAAGAAGAAAGAAAAGAAAUAUAUAUGGGCUCAUGCUGGAAUUUCAAACAACAGUAAUCAAAUGAAUAAAUUUUACAUGCAGUCCAGUAAAAUACCUGUAUGUUUUAUUAAAGCUACACGUGAAGAAGGUAUAGUACGAUUAGAAGCAGAAUGUAUAGUUGAUAAUGAAAACCUGAUGGACAUCAAAAAAAUCCCAAUGCACAACAUUACGGAAGAAGCUGCAAAUGUUUUGACCGAAACAUCAGCCAAAAUCACCGAUCUGAUGGAACAAUUCAAGAAGGAAACGGCAUUUUAUGAAAAAGAGACGCGUCGGUACAUCCGCGACGACUACGAUCAAUGCAAAAUAUUCAGAAGUACACAGAUUUCGAAGAUUGCGAGAACUUACAGCGAAAUGCAUCCUGAAUCUAAUUACUCUCAUGUUCACACGUACGAAGAUGUUGAUAAUCUCAAUUUUGGAGUAUAUUAUUUUUUUGUGCAUCCAUAG